AUGGAAUCUCUAUAUACUGAAGAUUCUGUUUACUCGCAAUUGUUAGGACAAGAUUCUUUGCUGGCACAACAUCCUGUCCUACAGGACUAUACCGUCGACCAGGAACUGGAAGAUGAAGAUGAGGAAGAACUUGAUGAGGCAGAAGAGCAAAUUUUAGAUGUUCCACAUGAAAGCUCUCCUCAGCUGUCAAAUCGGCAGUCUGGAAACUCAAUUUACCGUGGGCAUUCGAAUAGUCGGCGCCACCGGGGCUCGCGGAUUGGA